UCAAGCAAGUUUAGCAAAAUAAGCUGUUCUUGUUCAUUGUUAAACAUUUGCUUUUUGAUUAAUCACUUAUCUUUCGACAAUGAAGGAAAAGUUUUCAAGCACAAUUCUGCAAAGCGAAGCCCUCACUAAGUAUCUGCUGGAAACAAGUGCGUAUCCGAGGGAACAUGAACAACUCAAAGAACUCAGGACGGCUACAGUUGACAAGUAUGAGUAUUGGAGCGUGAUGAAUGUGCCUGCUGACGAAGGCCAGUUUAUAUCGUUGCUUUUGAAAGUAAUGAAUGCAAAGAAAACAAUAGAAGUUGGAGUAUUCACUGGUUACUCACUUCUCUCUACUGCUAUUGCUCUCCCAGAUGAUGCAAAAAUCGUCGCAAUCGAUCCAAAUCGUGAAGCAUAUGAGACAGGAUUACCAUUUAUUGAAAAGGCAGGAGUGGCACAUAAAAUUCAGUUCAUUGAAUCGGAUGCCAUGACUAUUCUUAAGGACUUUCAGUCCAAUGGAGAAGAAGGGAGUUUCGAUUUUGCAUUUGUGGAUGCUGACAAAGAAAACUACAUAAACUACCAUGAAGAGUUGCUGAAACUAGUGAAAAUUGGUGGAGUUAUAGCUUAUGACAACACAUUGUGGGCUGGUACAGUGGCACUGUCAGAGGAUACCGUGGACAAAGAAACCCUUGAACACAUUGGGGCAAAUAGAGUGCACCUCAGAGACUUGAACAUUUUCUUAGCAGCUGAUUCUCGUAUCGAAUUGGCUCACCUUUCCAUUGGAGAUGGGCUCACUCUUUGCAGGCGCCUCAAAUAGCUUAUAAGCAGAAAGUGUGAUAUGAUCAUUUUUAUUUGUCGUAAAAUAAACUGAACUUUAUUGGUCAGUAUGUCUAUUGUUGAGUUGUAUAAGUCAAUUUGUGUGUUGUCUUUAAUUUGUUGGAUUUCUGGUUCAUUCGAUGUGUAAUAUAUAUUGUCUAUCGUUCAUUCGUUCU